UUCAGAAUCACCCCGGCCUCAUUCUACGGCUGCUCUCUCCUGGAUCCCAGCCGAGGAUCUUUUGCUCGCGAGAGUUCCUCCGUCUAGCUGCACACAACGCUGCCGCAGGAAACAGAGGUGAGAGAAUUGCCGAGACUUAGCUCGACAACACUCCCCGAGGCCCCGCCCCUCCUCUCUGGCCCUCCUCUUGGCCCGGGUCUUGGGCGUUGCACGUGCAGUUGUUGUGGUUCUACGUCACGUGGUCCCGGAAGUGCACGAUAGGCCCGCCUCAAAGAUGGCGACGCCCACCGCGCGAGGACGUGAUCCGCCUUUGCUCCGGCUUGGAUUGUAGCCUUGACGAGGUCUGAGCGGCCAUGGACCGGCCGGGGUUCAUGGCAUCGCUGCUGCUGCUGCAUUUUUUAUCACCUAUGAAUAUGUGAAGUGGUUUUUGCAUACUGAUUCAUCUUCAUGUUUGACACCUAUGAAACAUAUGUUGGCUGCCUCUGCUGGAGAAGUGGUUGCCUGCCUGAUUCGAGUUCCAUCUGAAGUGGUUAAGCAGAGGGCACAGGUAUCUACUUCUACAAGAACAUUUCAGAUUUUUUCUAACAUCUUAUAUGAAGAGGGUAUCCAAGGGUUGUAUCGAGGCUAUAAAAGCACAGUUUUAAGAGAGAUUCCUUUUUCUCUGGUCCAGUUUCCCUUAUGGGAGUCCUUAAAAGCCCUCUGGUCCUGGAGGCAGGAUCAUGUGGUGGAUUCUUGGCAGUCAGCAGUCUGUGGAGCUUUUGCAGGUGGAUUUGCCGCUGCAGUCACCACACCUCUAGAUGUGGCAAAGACAAGAAUUAUGCUGGCAAAGGCUGGCUCCAGCACUGCUAAUGGGAACGUGCUCUCUGCCCUGCAUGGGGUCUGGCAGUCACAGGGGCUGGCAGGAUUAUUUGCAGGUGUCUUCCCUCGAAUGGCAGCCAUCAGUCUGGGAGGUUUCAUCUUUCUGGGGGCUUAUGACCACACGCACCGCUUGCUGUUGGAAGUUGGCAGAAAGAGUCCUUGAAGCAGAGACAGCUUCACCUCCACUUCUGUCAAGAGAGGGGCCUGCAGUGUAAACCCUCUUCCGCUGAGCAGCUAUCUGAACUAUAGGCCCCAGUGCUGAAGACCAGUUCUGCCAAGAUGCCGGCAUCGAGAUUGUGCCAUCCGUGGUGUAGGCUGGCUGGUAUGAAGUCAUUGGCCUGUAUGCCAGAGAGCUGAGAGAUGAAAACGGGGUGUGUGGCGGUACUCUGAACAAUUUCCUCAGAACCUCUUAAUAAAUAAGUUUGGUAUUGCUGAGGCCAGGCCUUUCAGAGCUUUCAUUUGAUCUGUAUCUGAUCUUUCAUUUCCUGCCACCUGAUGGUGGAUUCAGCAGAAGGCAAGAUGGUUAGAAUUUUAAAAGAAUAGCUUGUUUGGGAAAAGGAGACUUGGGGAAGAAGUUGUAUAUGUGGGUGUUUCUCCCCCUAGUUAAUUCUUGUUGUGUAAGGUUAGGCUUUGUUGAAAAAAGAAUGAACUACACAGGUGCAUAGCAAGCAUUCUUUCUGGGUAACUAGGCUGCUGGUUUUAAUUACCCUCAGAUUUCACCCAUAAAAACACACGAUGUAUUAUUUUACAGAGAUGUGUCCAGCGCCCCCUGUGGUGUGUGAGAGAGAGCAGCUGCAGCUCAAGUGACUAGGUGGGCCCAGCUGGCUUCGUGCAGGAGGACAGGGUGGGUGAGCCAUUCUUGCCAUUCUCCGUGUCAGGCUGAAAGGAGGGCCUGGGCCAGCUUUGAAAACAACAUUGCUAGAAGUAGGCAGGAUGAAAUGGAAAGGUCACCACACUUUGGGAUUUUAGAGCUUGACUAACAAGCUCCAGGCAUAGAAGAAUUCAGAACGAAAUCUCAGGAAUCUAGCUGUGUUGUCUGCCCCGGAGCAAACAGUAUAUGAUUUUGCUUUGCCUAUUUUUUUUUUUCCUUUUUUGGGGAAAGAUAAUUAAAGGCAGAAUGACUGCGUUUGUAAAAGAAGGACCACCAACUGUACUGACAUUUAUAAAUGAACCUUUAUUAAAGACACUUCAAUGCCAUCUGUUAGACACUUCAAUAUUUUACAUGGUUUUCAAUGUACACUGUACCAAAAUUUCUAUAAAUAAAUAACUUUGUACAUAAAA